AUGACGCUUGGUUCAGGAGGAUCCAGUGUCGUGGUUCCAAGGAACUUCAGAUUGCUGGAGGAGCUUGAACGAGGAGAAAAAGGUAUUGGAGACGGUACAGUUAGCUAUGGCAUGGAUGAUGGUGACGACAUUUACAUGCGCUCUUGGACUGGCACCAUAAUUGGCCCCCAUAAUACUGUACAUGAAGGAAGAAUCUAUCAACUGAAGCUGUUUUGUGAUAAAGACUACCCAGAAAAGCCCCCAAGUGUUCGGUUUCAUUCACGGAUCAACAUGACCUGUGUUAAUCAUGAAACUGGAGUGGUUGAACCAAAGAAGUUUGGUCUUCUUGCAAAUUGGCAAAGAGAGUACACCAUGGAGGAUAUACUGACCCAGCUGAAGAAGGAAAUGGCAGCUCCGCAUAACCGGAAGCUUGUUCAGCCCCCAGAAGGGGGUCUGUUUGAUUAA